UAUACAAAUAAAUAUUGACAUUUUACACAUUUUCAUCAUCAUCAACAAUAACACAUUGACUCAUGAAUAAAUAUCCAGAUAAUACAACUAAUCAAAUGGAAACAGAUUUACAUCUUCUUGAAUCACAACACCCGGAACUCAGUGAGAUUGCUAAAAGUUUAGCUCAGAUUGCAUUAAAUAUCAAACCAUCUGUAUCAGAACAAGUCGCGAACACUGCUGAAUCGCAAAAUUCAUUAUCUACCAAUGAUACAUUCUAUCGUAAUUUUAUGCAAUUACAAUUACAAAAUUUACUACAUGAAAAACAAAAACACUCACAAAUUACACAUAAUCAUACAAGUAAUAAUACAAUUAAAAGCUUAAUGGAAACCAUUUUAUUGAAUUCACAAAAUAUGCGUAAAUCUCCAAGUCAAACAGAUGAGACACAUCUACAUGGUACAUCAAUGUCUAGAAGUGGUUCGUUUGAUCGUCAAACAGGUGGAUAUGCCAGUAGAAGUGUAAGCGUCUCCGAUGGUAAACGUCCUUCUGGUUUUCAAUCACCUUGUGGUUCAAAUAGUCCACUCCCGAAAUAUUCCGAUUCAUCUUUACUUAUUAAUUCACCACAAUCAACACAAUCAUCAAUUAUCGGUAUGAAUCAAACUAAUCAAGAAUUAAUUCAAUUAUUACAAUCCAACAUUCGCAAUGAUAAUUCACCAAAUGCUAAUUUGCAUAAUUUAAAUUUAUUAACACAACUUUUACAAUCUCCAAUAAAAUUAGAUGAAUCAAGCAAUGUAUGGAGUUCAAUUAUUCAACCAUUAACUAAACAAUUACUUCAGUCGUAUCAACAAAACACUAGUAAUAAUAAUAAUAAUAAUAACAAUAAUGAUAAUAAUAAUAAUAAUAGUAAUAAUAAUAAUACAAAUGAGAACACGCCAACUGUAAACACUGCUAGUCAUAGUUUCUUUAUAGAAACUCCAAUUCCAGAAAUCAAAACUCCAUCUACAUGGACAACUGAAACAACCAAUAAUGUACAACAACAAAACAGCCGACAACCAAAUAAAUCCAUGUCAUCAUUUGUACAAUCCGCUAAUCAACAACCACCAUCACCAAUGGAUAGACAUAUUAUCAAAAAUGUUGAAGGUAUAAAUCAAAAUUCAAAAUUGGACAUUGAAAAAUUGAAUCCUUAUGAAAUGACAACAACACAAACAACACAAGAGAUGAAUAAAACUACUAGCCAACAAAAUAUAUGGUCAGCAAAUACUAAUUUAUAUAAUCAUGUUGUCAAUCAGUCGUCAGUGAAUGCGGCGAAUUUACCAUAUACAAGACAAUUCACAAAUGUAUCAAGAUUACUGAAUCAAGAACGACCUUGGACACGAAGUCAUCAUAGAGAUAGAUUUGUUGUACGAAUCACAUCAGUAACACAUCGUUGUUCAUGUCGAUCAAAUACACCGAAUCGUAAUCGUACAACCGAUCCAAAAUAUGCUCAAUGUCAAGGUAAAGAAUGUAAACGCAGUGAACCACGUAUAUAUGUGACAUUUCAAACUCAGCUGCCAAGUUUAAGUUCACCUGAUAAUAGUAGAAAACAUGGGAGACAUUCACAUCAUACAACACCAUUAACUGGAUUACGACUAGGAUUUAGUUGUCCAUUAACUAGUCAAGGACCACCAAUGAGUGAUUUCGAGACACCGAAAGUAGCAGAAAGAUUUGAUUCAUGGGAACAAGCUGGUAAUCGACCUGGUUUUCGUGUACAAGUAUUAGCAGCACUACAACAUACAGUUCGUCAAAUGUUGGAAUUAAUUAGAACGAAAGGAUUUAGUGCAGUGAAACUUGACACGGAUUAUGUAUUCUUUCCACCUGCAGCUGAUCUUCAACCCGUAUACUCAAGACGUAGACCAUUGAGUUCAUCAUCCGAUGGUUCUUUGCCGAGAAUUAUGGGUUUGGAACGAAUAAGACGUGAAAUUAAAAAUGAACCAAAAAAUCAUAGUUUCAAUACAAAGUUAAAUGAAAAUGUAAAUUAUCCUGAGAAGCCGGAACAAACGAUUUGGUCUGAAAUGACUACAGAAUCUGAUGAUAACAAUAGUGUAUUUGAUACGAAUAAUCUGAGUAUACCACCAACUAAUCGACCACGUACAUGGCAUCAAUCACCUGGACGUUAUUCUUUAAGUACAUCACCAUCAAUUAUGAUAUCACAAAAUUAUUCGGAUUAUAGAAUUAAUGAAAUGACUGAUAUGCUUGAAAAUGAUCAAUAUCAUACUACUACUGCUACGACUACUAAUACUACUGAUAGACAUUUAAAUAUUGAUGACGAUGCUGAUAACAAUGAUCCGAGUAACAAUAAUCAUAAUAAUAAUCAUAAUCAUAAUAGAAAUAUUCAUUAUCCAAUGAAUUCAAGUACAACACUCGAUAUACCAUCAAAUCAAUCGGGACAAAAUACAUGUUGGUGUAUUACAAAUCCUACAGAACACUAUCCAUCUCAUCCUCAUCAUCAUCCUCAUCAUCAUGGAUUAGAGUAUAAUACAUUUUUAUCCAAUCCAAAUACACAAAUGAAUUAUUCGCCAUAUACUACAAUAGAUGAACGACGAUUGUUGAAUAAAAAUAGUUCAACAGAUACUCCAAACAAACUUCUCAGAUCGUUAGGUGCACCAUACUCAACUCCAGUUAGUCCAACUCAAUUUAUUCUACGUGAAUCUGUUAAUCAAAAUCAAUCAACUGAUUAUAAGCCGAAUCAACUUCAAGCUUCAGCAUCAUCAGAGUUGGUUGGAAAAUUAGAUAAACCAAAUAAUUCUACGCCGGAAUAUCGUCAAACUACUACUAAUUCAGAACAGAAACGAGAUCACUAUAGUAAGAUUUUACGAGAAAUAUCACAUUGUCUACAAACAAAUCCACAAUAUCCUAUUGUUAUUAUGCCAACUGCACAAAUGUUAAAUCCAGCCGAUAUGGAACAAUCAACAACAGAUAACAUUAAUAAUAAUAAUAAUAAUAAUAAUAAUAAUAAUAACAGUAGAAAAAUACCACUUGUUUUUCAAAUACCCCAUUCAAAUUCCAUUUUUCUAGGUCUUCCAGCUAGUUUAGGUGUAAAUCCACGUGUUAUGACAGCAUCACCAAAUAAUGCUGUCAUUGUAUUACCCUCAUCUUCAUCAUCAUCAGCAGCAUCAGUAACAAAUUCACAAAUAGUCGUCACUCCACAAUCCACAUCACAACCACAACAAAACUGUCAGCAGCAGUUAUCACCACCAGCACCACUUACAAAUAAUACACAACCAACAAUUUUAACUGGUCCAAAACAAGGAUAUUUAUUGAUUAUUACACCAGAUAAUAAAUAUGAAUAUGUACCAAAGAUUUAA